AUGCAUCUGCUGUUGCGUUCUUGCGCCGCGCAUGGCGUAACGCACUGGCCGACUGACGAGGAGAGGAACGUGGCCCUUCUCGUGGUGCUCCGGUGCCACUACGACGUAUGCGCUCUAGACGUUGACCGCGCCAUGAACGACGGGGCGUACAGCAAGGUUGUCAACAAGAUCUGGUCGAAGUUCAGGAGUGACUCGUCGUCGAACUCACGCCGACGGAUCGUGGAUGGGCUGAAAAUCAAGGUAGCAGCCACUGGCAUCUACAAACUGGAGAUCGAUAUCGACACAAAGAAGGAUCUGCACCGGAAAUACGCGCCCAGUGAGUGUCGUGGGUGCAAGGGGGGAUCCCGGUGGAGGGCUCGCACGGCAGGGCCUAUGUAUGCUGGGCCGGCUUUAACCACCAAUUUGCCUGCCGCAAUGUGUACAGAGAAGGAGCUUAUGCAGCUUGUGUCGACAUGGAGCUGCGAGAGAGGGGAUUUGCGGCCCUUUACCACCAAAGUCUUCUUUCAAGCAUGCAAGGCGGCCUACCUAGAGUGGGUGUUUGGAGGCAACCUGGUGCUGGUGCCAUACCACAUCGCAUGGGUCUUGUAUUCCGGAAGGUGGUACGAUCCCGUUGUCGGCGGAUUCCGUUGGGGGGCAGAGCACCUUUAUGUCAACGAGAGUGAGCUGGAGGAGUUCAAGCCCGUGCAAUAUGGGGGCAAGAUGGACCCGAGUGGUGACACCGACGAGCCGUGGCUUGCUUGA